AUGAGAUCAUCAAUCGCUCUCCUCGUCGUCGCUGCCGUCCUCUCCGUUUCUACGGCUGCUCCUCUUGAUGUCAGAGGUUUUGGUGCCGGCAAGAGAGCUCUCCGUGUUAGAGAUAAACACGAUGGUCGCAUUGACUUCCACCACUUGACCCACGAUGAGGAGAAAGAGCUCAAUUCAAGCGGCGAGUACUACCCAGAGCUCUACUCUGAGGAGGCAAUCAACCACAAGGGCGAACACAAGCACCACGGCCACGAUGAACAUAAACACCACGAAAGCAGAGGUGCUGGUGCUAGAGGUUUUGGCGCUGGCAAGAGAUCUCUCCAUACCAGAGAUGAGCACGAUGGUCGCAUUGACUUCCACCACUUGACCCACGAUGAGGAGAAAGAGCUCAAUUCAAGCGGCGAGUACUACCCAGAGCUCUACUCUGAGGAGGCAAUCAACCACAAGGGCGAACACAAGCACCACGGCCACGAUGAACAUAAACACCACGAAAGCAGAGGUGCUGGUGCUAGAGGUUUUGGCGCUGGCAAGAGAUCUCUCCAUACCAGAGAUGAGCACGAUGGUCGCAUUGACUUCCACCACUUGACCCACGAUGAGGAGAAAGAGCUCAAUUCAAGCGGCGAGUACUACCCAGAGCUCUACUCUGAGGAGGCAAUCAACCACAAGGGCGAACACAAGCACCACGGCCACGAUGAACAUAAACACCACGAAAGCAGAGGUGCUGGUGCUAGAGGUUUUGGCGCUGGCAAGAGAUCUCUCCAUACCAGAGAUGAGCACGAUGGUCGCAUUGACUUCCACCACUUGACCCACGAUGAGGAGAAAGAGCUCAAUUCAAGCGGCGAGUACUACCCAGAGCUCUACUCCGAGGAGGCUAUCAACCACAAGGGCGAACACAAGCACCACGGCCACGAUGAACAUAAACACCACGAAAGCAGAGGUGCUGGUGCUAGAGGUUUUGGCGCUGGCAAGAGAUCUCUCCAUACCAGAGAUGAGCACGAUGGUCGCAUUGACUUCCACCAUUUGACCCACGAAGAGGAGAAAGAGCUCAAUUCAAGCGGCGAGUACUACCCAGAGCUCUACUCCGAGGAGGCAAUCAACCACAAGGGCGAACACAAAGGUGAACACAAGCACCACGACGACAAACACGAGCACGAUGACCACAAGGAAAACAAGCAUGACGAGAAAGACAUGCACAACGAAGAGCACUAA